UUUUGGAUAUUUAACAACCUUUUUAUUAUCUCAGAAACUUGGAAUCGAUCUCAAUCUGUUUUUCUUUUCCUGCUGGUUUUUUUAUGGUUAUGUACAGAUUGAUGAUGGAGCAUUAAAAUGGUGAGGAAGAAAAAGCUGCUGGUGUUUGACAUUUGUGGAAGCAUGAUGUGGGAUGGAUAAACAACAACAAAACUCUACUAUGGCCUCUAAUGACCCCGACCUUCCUGACCCCUCUGGUGACCCCCAGCCUGGUGACCUCAUUGAGAUCUUUAGACCGGCCUAUCAGCACUGGGCUCUCUACCUGGGAGAUGGUUACAUCAUCAACUUAACUCCUGUUGAUGAGAACCAGGCAGCCGCCAUGUCCAGUGUGAAGUCCGUCUUUAGCAGGAAAGCAGUUGUGCGCAUGCAGCUGCUGAAGGAGGUGGUGGGAAGCGACUCGUACCGUGUCAACAACAAGUACGACCACAACCACACACCCCUGCCCGUCUCUGAGAUCAUUCAGCGAGCGCAAGUCCUCAUUGGCCAGGAGGUGUCCUACGACCUGCUGGGGAACAACUGCGAGCACUUUGUUACCCUUCUGCGCUACGGGGAGGGGGUGUCCGAGCAGGCUACACGGGCCAUUGGGGCCAUCAGUUUGGUGACGGCAGCAGCCAGUGCCUUCUCCGUCCUGGGACUGAUCAACACACGAUCCAGAAACAGGCCUUUCUGA